UCUGUGACGUCAUCGCCGCCAUGGCCCGGGAGCGGGAGCUUCAUCAGUUUCUCACCGUCAAUAUUUACGAAGACUGAGGAGACCCUGCCACAGUGUUCUCCCCGGGCGGUGUGCAACAAGGUGGACACAUAUGGGGAGCCACGAGUGGAGAGGCAGUGCAGGUGUGGGGGAGGUGCAGCCUGCCACACCUCCCUUAAUGCAGAGGAUGGCCACACUGUACUUGACAAGACUAGGCAGUACAAGGUGUGCGAGCCCGUUAGUGAGUUGCCCAGGUGUCGGUACUUCCAUGACAUCACCUGGACACUGGUGACGGCGCCAGACAACACCACAAGGCAGGUGAUGCAGUGCAGGUGUCCUCAGCAUUCCGUGGCAUACAUCAUCAAGAGACAUGCUUACAAGACACCGAAGGGACCUGGGUUUGUGUACAGCUUCGCCUGCUCUCCAGAAAGUAGGCUGAGAUGCCAAAGGAAGGAGCCAUGUCGCCUGUUCACUGUCAAGAAACGGCCACAGUUUGAGGAGGUGAACACAAACACCCUCUGUCGCUGCCCCCAUGGCCACACCUGCCCCAGACACCACAUGGGGCCGGGCGUGCUGGCUGGCAAGACCUAUGCUGAGGACGCCAUGAGGACCUACAGUGGUUAUUGUAUUUGAGGGUGUAUGUGUGAGCGUAUGAGUGUGUGUGUGUGUUGAUAAUAUAUUUUUGCAUUGCUGUAUUGUCUGUAUGCUUGUUUUGUCUUUGUGUGUGUGUGUGUGUGUGUGUGUGUGUGUGUGUGUGUGUGUGUGUGUGUGUGUGUGUGUGUGUGUAAAAUCCUGUUUGAUAAUUAUAUUUUUGCAUUGCUGUCUGUUGUUGUUGUUAUUGAAUUUUCUGUAUAUUUUAGGAUGCAAUGAGGGAAUACAGUGGCUAUUGCAUCUAUGGGUGUUCAUAUGUGUGUGUGUGUGUGUGUGUGUGUGUGUGUGUGUGUGUGUGUGUGUGUGUGUGUGUGUGUGUGUGUGUGUGUGUGUGUGUGUGUGUGUGUGUGUGUGUGUGUGUGUGUGUGUGUGUCAUUGUUUCUCCAUUUGUGUUCUUCAUUCCUUCCUUUCCUUCCUUUCCUCCUCUAGUCUCUUCUUUUCCUCCUUCUCUAUCUUCCCUUUUUCUUCUUUUCCCUCUUUUCUCUUAUCUUCCUCCUGCUUCCUCCACAUCUUCCUUCCUUUCCUCUUUUCUUUUCUUUUCUUUCCUUCCUAUGUAUCCUUCAUUCUUUAAUUUCCUCUUUCUCUUCUCUUCUUCCCUCUCUUUCUCUCUUUACAUCUCCACUUCCUCUCUCCUCCAUUCCUCCUCCUCCUCUAAUUAAUUUUAACACUAAUAAAUCUCUAAGGUUCAAAAUUCAUUCAAAUAAUUUACUUUUAUCACCCUUAGCUACUGUACCUGAGUGUGUGUGUGUGUGUGUGUGUGUGUGUGUGUGUGUGUGUGUGUGUGUGUGUGUGUGUGUGUGUGUGUGUGUGUGUGUGUGUGUGUGUGUAUUAUAAUUAUCUAUAUCUUAAGAAUCAUUAUAGUUUUGUUAAUAUGUUAAUCUAUGUAUAUUUGAAUUAUUUAGCUUUGUCUGUCUGUCUGUAUGUGUGUAUGUAUUAAGCCUCACUCCAAUAUACAAACUAGUCAGUGUAUUAUCUCAUUGUUAUCAUAAGUAUUUGAUAUAUAUUAGUAAUGUAUGUAUAUUUUUCUAGUGUUGCCAGAUCAUGUAUUUUUUUUUAUAUUUUCUCUCUUUUUUAACCUAAACUAUAUUUCUUUCAACUAUUCCUAUGUUACCGACAAAAAAAAACUUUAAUUCAUCAACUAUUUCAACUUCUGAUCAUUAAAAAAAAAAAAUAUCCUUCAAGUCAAUCCUUCUUCUUAUCAUUAACAUGUACAAUAUUAUAUCAACUCUUCCAACUUGACAUCAACAAAACACUAUAUUCAUCAACAAAAACCACGAAAAAACACAUUUCAUAAACUAAUUUAAACUUCAGAAUCAGCAAAGAACCACAAAUUUCCAAGACUAAAAGAUUUAUCAAUUACACAUUAUAAACUACUCUCUCUCUCUCUCUCUCUCUCUCUCUCUCUCUCUCUCUCUCUCUCUCUCUCUCUCUCUCUCUCUCUCUCUCUCUCUCUCUCUCUCUCUCUCUCUCUCUCUCUCUCUCUCUCUCUCUCUCUCUCUCUCUCUGGCACACUCAAUACUUGUCUGUGAUCUAUUCUGCUUUUUUAGUGAUAAGGAGAGCAAGACUUCAACUUCAAAAACCAAUGAGAACAAAAACACCUGUAGAAUUUUGUAAUAGGUGUUCUUUGGAGCCCUGCAUGAUAACCUGCUAGUUAGCUAAGUUACAUUAGUUAGACAGAAGAUAUUGGUCAACUCUUGCAUUAUGGAUGUGGACAGAACAGUGGUGAGAGGAAAUACAGAAGCAGACAGGGAGUUCCAGAGUUUAUCAAUGAAAGGAGUGAGAGACUGAGAGCACUGUUUGACUCUUGCAUUAAGGAGGUAGACAGAAUAAGAGUGAAAGUAGAAGUCUUUGUAGUUUAGAGUUAUUUUUCAUCUCAAUAGGAGUUUAUAAGGUUAUGUUUGUUUUGUAUGUUUUGUUAAAUGUCUGUGUGUGUGUGUGUGUGUGUGUUUAAUUUUUGUAUAUAUAUUUUUGUGUAUGAGGUGAAAGAAAUUAGGUUGAGAAGUUGUCUAGGGUCUCUCUCUCUCUCUCUCUCUCUCUCUCUCUCUCUCUCUCUCUCUCUCUCUCUCUCUCUCUCUCUCUCUCUCUCUCUCUCUCUCUCUCUCUCUCUCUUGGUGAGUGGGAGUGGUUUUCUUCAAACAUCACACUUUUAACAAAUUAGCAAAGGAGGAAGUUUCACACCAACAAUAAAUAAAUUACCAACAAUUCUCUUCAUUUUUAACUAAGAUAAAAUGAAAAACUAUCACAACAAAUUAAAAAAAAUAUAUAUAUAAUAAAAAACCUUGAAAACAGAAUCAACAGAAGCUGUCCAAAUAUCAUAAAUACAAAAUAAAACCAGUUAGAUCCUUCAUACAGUAAGCAAGGUGACUGAAUCCUUUAAAUAUCAAAUAAAACUGAUGACAAGCUCUAUAAACUCCAUUGAAGCUAAGUAAGGCCUUCCCAUCCCACUCCAACACUCUGCUACAGUGCCAAUGUGUUUUAAUACUAAGUGUUUCCAAGGAGGUUCGGACCCAUUCCAGCCUCUUGUAGCUCAUAGGAAGUGUGUCUUUCAUUCCCAACAUUCCAAAAGUUAUAGCUGGCUCAAAUGUCCCAAAUUAUAAUGAUGCUGAUGAGAUUAUUGUUCUUAUUUUGAUGUAUUUAUUAUUAGCUGAAUCUAAUUUAACUUACCCUAUCUUAAUUAAACCUAACCUUACCUUACCUAACCUAACCUAACCUAACCUAUCCUAACCUAACCAAACCUAUCCUAACCUUACCUUACCUAACCAAACCUAGCUUAAUCUAACCUAUCCUUACCUGACCCAACCAAACCUGACUUAACUAAGCAAACCUAACCUAAUGUACCCUAACCAAAUGUAACCUAUACCCUCACCUAACCUAACCUAACUUAACAAAACACAAUUACCUUCACAACCUUGACAAUAGUUUCUCAAUGCUACCUUGAAAUUCCAAAGAUUAUUAUUAUCAUUAUCAUUACUACUAUCAUAAUCACUAUUAUUACCAUCACCAUCUAUUGCUAUUAUCACUAUCAUUGCUACCAUAUUAGUGCAUUCACAAGCCAGUUAUAACUAUCUAAACUCACAAAACAUAGGUGUGUUUUUUUUUUUUCUCAUUCUCUCAUAUUCUUUUCAUUUCUUGUGUAUAUUUUUGUACAUACCAGAUGCUGUUAUGAUUAUUAUACAACCUGACCUGUUUUGUCCUAUCUAACUGUCCUCAUACAAUGUCAAGAGUGGCUUUCCUAUCCAGGAUGAAGUUAUAGGAAGUUAUGUCCUGUCACUGGUGUCCUAUGUAGAAUAGGAGUGUAUGAAUAGGAAGUUAUAGGAAAUUAUGAUCUGUGUCCUAUGUAUAGAUUGAAGUUAUAGGAAGUUGAAAAGUCCCAUGUAAGGCGGGAAUGUAUUGAUCGGAGGUUAAAUGGAGUGUUUCCUAUCUCGAGUGGAAGUUAGGAAGUUAUAAUCUGUGUCCUAUUAAGGAUAUUCCCUAUUUUGAAGGGACAUGUAUAGAUAGCAAGUUAUCUAUGCCCUAUAAAUGGUGUUCUUUGUAAAGUGGAAGUUUUCAGAUAGGAAGUUACCACGUCCUAUCAAGAAUGACCUAUGUAGGGUUGAAGUUUAUAAAUAGGAAGUUAUGUCUUGUGUCCUAUGAAGGGUAUGCCCCACCUCAGUUGGAGAUGUAAGUGUAGAUAGAAAGUUGAAAGCUAUGACUUGUUCUAUCAAGAGUUUUUCGGUCUUCGAGUGGACAUGUAUGGCUAAGAAAUAUGUCCGUGUAGUCUACGUGUAUAUCAUUAUGUAUACUGACUCUGAGUUCAAAACUUAAAUAUAUAGUUACAGUUAUACAUUU